AUGUCAUCACGAAUCCCCGACCGGACGGGUUCGAAGCGAAGUCGGUCUCGGUCUCCAUCCUCGCGUCAUCCCCAGAAGGCCCCGCGCAGAUAUGACGACACGGAUAGAUACCGUGACAGAAGAGAUGGAGAUGAGCAGUCGCAUUCCCGUCCCCGGAACAUGAGAGAUCAAGUCCGGCUCAACCAACUUCAAGAGGACGAACAAGUACGCGAAUGGGUGGCGCAGGAAGACAUCUUCGUUCUCAAGCAAGCGAAAAAGAAGGCCGAAAUUCGAGUGAAGGAAGGUCGGGCCAAACCCAUCGACUGGCUUACUGUCACACUGCGGGUCAUUGAUCCGACAAGAAACCCUCUGGACGAUGAAAUCGCCGACUCAGAGCUCGAUCUGGUGGAUCCGGAUGGCGUAUUCGAGGGACUAUCUCAGACUCAGCUACUCGACUUGGAGAAGGAUAUUGAUACGUUCUUGAGUCUUGAGACCAAUUCACAGAACAGGGAUUUCUGGAAGACCAUGAAAGUUAUUUGUCGAGAUCGCCAGAAAGUCACCGCCCCCGAAGGACGCGCACUCAGUUCUGUCGCUACUGAUAUAAACCGGCUGUUGAGUCCUAAAACCUACGAGCAGCUCCAGACACUCGAGAUUCAGGUCAGGAAGAAGUUGGAUUCCAAUGAGCCUAUCGAUACCGAUUAUUGGGAGGAGCUUUUGCGUAGCCUUACCGUCUGGAAGGCUCGUGCAAAGCUAAAGAAGGUCUGCCAAGUUGUCAUAGAUGAGAGGGUUCGUGGACUGCGCCAACAGCAAUGCGAAGAAGCUGCAUCUGUCCGGGCGAAGCUGGCCCCUUUGGCGCCAGUCAUUCAAGCAACCUCCGAUGGUGAAGAGCAGCCAGAGUCGGCUGAUAGUGGCGAAUAUCGUGGACUCGACCCUGACCCAUUGCUUCAAAUCCGGCCAGAAGACAAGGUUUUGGAGAUAGUGGACGAAACCGCAUUCCUUAAUCAAGUGGCUCGCGAACGUCAAAAGAUCCUGAAAAUGGGAUUUGUUCCCCUCCGCCAGCGGCAUGCCGAAAAGCCCUCGGUGGUAACAACAAAUCAAGCAACAAGUGCCCCGGUAGCCACCGCAUCAACUCGCUUCUCCUCGAUUCCUAACGAAGACUUCUCGCAAGCAACCAAGGCCCUUUAUGAGCGAGAGUUGGCCAAGGGAGUGAGUGAAAACGAGGAGAUCUUCACCGGUGAGGAGACUGUGAGCACGGGCUCCCAGCCACAAUGGGCGAGCAAAUACCGACCACGCAAACCACGGUACUUUAACCGUGUCCAAAUGGGCUAUGAGUGGAACAAAUACAACCAGACUCACUAUGAUCACGAUAACCCGCCUCCCAAAGUUGUACAGGGCUACAAGUUCAACAUCUUCUAUCCAGACUUGAUUGACAAAGCGAAAGCGCCAACCUACCGCAUAGAACGAGAGCAUGGACGGAAGCGUGGUCAAUCUUUUGCUGCGGCUGGUGAGGAGGAUACUUGUCUGAUUCGCUUCAUGGCCGGCCCUCCGUACGAAGACAUCGCCUUUCGGAUUGUCGACAAGGAAUGGGACUAUAGCGCAAAGAGAGAAAGAGGCUUCAAGAGUACCUUUGAUAAAGGAAUUCUGCAACUACACUUCCAGUUUAAGCGCAUCUACUACCGAAAGUAA